UGGGACUGCGCUCGCCCCGCCGCGGAGGGGAUUGAAUUGAGGCGCCGCGACUGCGGGAGGAGAAAAGGAAGGAGGAGCCGGCGCGGGAGCGGCCCGGGGGCAGGGACCGGCCCUGAGAAGGAAGCUGGAAGGAGGAUGUCUCUCGGGGCGGCCGGCGCCGGCCCGUGACUCUCGCCGCGGCGGGCCCAGACCCUGCGCACGCUCGGACUUUGUCAUCGGGGGCCCGUGCUCAGCCCUUCCUGGUUUCCGGCGACACCGCGGAGGAGCCGGCUCGCCUCUCUGCCCUCCCGCCUGCCUCGCCAUGUCCAAGAUGCCGGCCAAGAAGAAGAGCUGCUUCCAGAUCACCAGUGUCACCACGGCCCAGGUGGCCACGAGCAUCACCGAGGACACCGAGAGCCUGGACGACCCGGACGAGUCACGGACAGAAGACGUCUCCUCCGAGAUAUUCGACGUUUCUCGCGCCACGGAUUACGGCCCCGAGGAGGUCUGCGAGCGCAGCUCCUCCGAAGAGACGCUCAACAAUGUUGGGGAUGCAGAGACUCCCGGGACGGUCUCCCCAAACCUGCUUCUCGACGGGCAGCUGGCGGCCGUCGCGGCUGCUCCCGCCAACGGAGGAGCGGUUUCGGCCCGGAACGUGGCCGGGGCGCUGGCCAAUACCCUGGCGGCGGCCGCCACCUCGGCCCCCUCCGCGGGGACACCCGGCGGCCUACCGGCUGCGGGCUCGUCUGCGGGACCAGGACCUGCAACCCCCUCGCAGCCUCCCACCGCUUGUAGUUCGCGUUUCCGAGUGAUCAAGCUGGACCACGGGAGCGGGGAGCCCUACAGACGGGGCCGAUGGACGUGUAUGGAGUACUAUGAGCGGGAUUCCGACAGCAGUGUCCUGACCCGGUCCGGGGAUUGCAUUAGGCACAGCAGUACUUUUGACCAGACUGCAGACCGCGAUAGCGGCCUGGGCGCCACUGGAGGGUCGGUGGUGGUGGUGGUGGCCUCCAUGCAGGGGGCGCACGGGCCCGACUCGGGAACUGACAGCUCCUUGACUGCUGUGUCACAGCUACCCCCAUUGGAGAAAAUGAGCCAGCCUGUUCCGGCCCCGCCGCUGGGUUUUGGCGUUGGGCAGCCACAGCCGCCGCCGCCCGUAGGUGGGGCUGUGGCUCAAAGCUCUGGUUCCCUGCCGCUGUUCCCGGGAUCCGGGGCCGGGGCGCACCAGAUGAUGGCAGCCCAGCAGCCCAGCCAGCCCCAGGGAACUGGGCCCGGCGUCACCCCUGCGGGACCUAAGGGACAGGGCCUACCGCUGACGAAUGUAACCCUGGCGCAGCCCGGCCUGUCCCUGCCUCCGCAGCCAGUCCCGGCGGUCGGCGCUUCAGUGUCCCAGCCGGCCCAGCAGUUCGCCUAUCCCCAGCCUCCGAUACCGCCCGGCCAUUUGCUGCCGGUCCAGCCCUCUGGUCAGAGUGAGUACCUGCAGCAGCACGUGGCCGGCCUGCCGCCACCAACCCCUGUGAAGCCGGUGUCCACCGGCGCUGGAACGAGUCCCGCCACAGCGGCUAGCCUUCCUCUGGGAACCGGCCCGAGUGCCUCCGCGGUGGGCGCGCAGAUACUGGGUGCCUCUUCCCUGCCCAACGAAGCGGUGGCCCCGGGGUCGGGACCCGCGCAGGGCGGGUCGGCGGCUCCUAGUCAGCCGGCUGGAGUGCCCCCAACUGCUGUGGGAGGCGCGGUGCAACCAGGCCUGGUUUCUGCCGGGGCUGGACAACCCCAUUCUGUGCCUCCGCCGCAGAUGGGUGGUAGCGGUCCGACGCCAGCCGUGCCUGGUGGCUCUCACGCCGUGGUGUCCGGAGUUCCAAUCGUGCCUGCAGCCGUGCCCGCCCCAAGCGUGCCUAGCGUGUCUACCACUUCUGUUACUAUGCCAAAUGUACCCGCGCCUCUGGCCCAGUCGCAGCAGCUGAGCAGCCAUACUCCAGUCAGCAGGAGCAGCAGCAUAAUCCAGCAUGUGGGGCUGUCCUUGGCGCAAGGCACACCCAGUGCACCAACGAGUCUACCACAGUCAGACCUAAGCCAGUUUCAGACCCAGACCCAGCCUUUAGUGGGGCAAGUCGACGAUACUAGAAGAAAAUCAGAACCCCUACCUCAACCACCACUUUCUCUCAUUGCUGAAAAUAAGCCUAUUGUGAAACCUGUUGCAGAUGCCCUGGCAAACCCCCUUCAGUUAACACCUAUGAACAGUCUCACCACCUCUGUAUUCAGCAUAGCUAUUCCUGUUGAUGGUGAUGAAGACAGGAAUCCUUCAACUGCUUUCUACCAAGCGUUCCAUUUGAACACGUUUCAGGAAUCAAAGAACCUCUGGGAUAGUGCAUCUGGGGGAGGUGGUGUAGCCAUUGACAACAAAAUAGAACAAGCAAUGGAUCUGGUGAAAAGCCAUUUGAUGUAUGCAGUAAGAGAAGAAGUGGAAGUUCUAAAGGAACAAAUAAAAGAAUUAGUUGAAAGAAACUCUUUACUUGAACGAGAAAAUGCACUGUUAAAAUCUCUUUCAAACAAUGAUCAAUUAUCCCAACUCCCAACCCAACAGGCCAAUCCUGGUAGCACUUCUCAACAGCAAGCAGUGAUAGCACAGCCUCCGCAGCCAACGCAACCUCCACAGCAGCCGAAUGUCUCCUCAGCAUAAAGCUUUCUUGCCUCGUUAAGAAAAAACUGAAAGCAAUCUAUCCCUGUGUGCCACUGGUGUUCUUUCCACUUUAUACGAAAGCAAGUAGCCAUGCUUCGGUUGUGUGUUUGGCCUUUUCAGUAUUAGACAAUCAUUCUACAAGAGCUUUUCCUCUCUUUGAGAUGUCAUGCAGCACUGUUGAUGUCCAGUUCUAUGUCAUCAGUACACAAGGAGACUAAUAGAUGGUGGUUAUCAAAGCAAGCAACAUCUGCAUUCUACCUGGUGCGCAUGAGUGGGGUCUUUUAAGAGCUUGGUGGCUCUCCGUGUUUCCUAUUACCCGUGGAUUUUCCCUGACUCUUCCUAUCACAUAAAUAACAGUUCAUCUAAAGAGCCACUUUCUUUCAAUAUCAGUAACAUUUGCCUAUAUAAGUUUUCAUUUAUUUGUGUUUUAUUUAUUUACAGGGCUGCUAUUUUCAUAAUGUACAUGAACAAUGUCACAGAACUUUUUUAAUUUUUUUGAAUAAUUAUAAGUAUCAGUAAAGAAACUGAAAGACAGGAUUGCAUUUAAUAGCUAAAACAUUUAGGCAAUAAUUGAACAAAAGAAUCCUGGCAUAUUUCUAACACUAAUGGCAAUUUACCUUUGGUAUUUAUUUUCAGUAGUAAAGACCCAGCUUGAAUGUAAAUUUUGUAUAGUGUAAGUAUGAAGAACAUAGUGCAACUGUACAGGUAGUCACCAGUUAUUGUGGUAUAAUAAAUAAUUGGGCUAUUUUGAUGAAGAAAACUGUUCAUUUGUUUCUACUUUCUAAUAGAGAAAUUGCCACGAUUCCUCUGCUUUUUGACAUUUCGUAUGACUUUUUUUUUUUUUUUUUUUUUUUUUUUUUUUUUUUCCGGGUGGGAAUAAAAAGCUGUGAAAUUGUUCAACCUACUUUGUAACCAAAGAAGCAAAGCUGUGUAAUAGAGUUUGUUGUUUUUUUUUUUUAUAAUGCACAUUCUUUAUGUAUUUUUAUUUAGUGUUUUCUCGGUCACAAUUUUCUUUGCUGUCUAGCAUGAUCUGCAUGACCUAUAAUCUUUGAACCACUUUCGUACCUCAUGUUUUUAUCCAGCACUCUUAUUGUAAUAUGUACUAGUCUGUGAACAAUGUUAAAUAAAAAAAGAACGAACAGGUAGUACGGUGGAGCUGACCUAGUGUACUCUACACUAGUUAUUAAAAAAAAUGAAGUGAGCCAUCUUUUUGUUCAUUUAAAAUGGUGUUUUGAAUUUCGUAUGCAGAAAAUGUUUUGUUACAUUGCAGAUUUUAAUGUAUUUAAUAAAUGCAACAUGGCAGAUUAAGUGCAGUGUAUACUGAGUAUUUAAAUUAAAAUGUACAUUUCAUAAAUACAGUUUCAAAAGAAAGCAUCAUUUUGUGUAUACUAACACAUUAAGUGUAUGUCAGAAAUUGAUGUAUAAAUAUAUAUUUUAACACAUUUUCUGAAAUUAAACUGCAGUUUUGUUGAAAUAUUUGGCUCUAUAUGUGUUCAAAAUUUAAUUUGACUAGAUUUGUAUCUUCACAGUUCAAUUCCUUAAAUGAAAACCUGUUACUAGUGACUUCAUGACAGUUCUUAGAUUUUCAUAGUAAAAUAACUUAAAGAAUGCAAGAAUGGUGAGCAAUAUUUGUACUCAAUACUCAUCUUAUGUCACUGACAUUUAAAGAGGAAUCCUUGUCUACCAAAACUUUUACUUGAAUUCAGAAAGGUGCCUGUAGUAAUUAACAUGCUCUGAAUCUAUAACUAGCUAGUGAAUGAGGAAUUAAUGAGAACCAACAACAGCUAGCUCUUUGUGCUAAGAGUAUAAAUAAGUGUUCUUUAUUAAAAUAAAAACUAUCAGAUUAACCACAAACUAAAUGCAUAAAAUCAGGGUUGUUUAUGUGGGAUUACCAAAUAUUUUUAUUCUGGUUGUACUGCAGAAUAUAUUCUAUAUAAAUAAUUUUAAUGUUAAUGAGUACCAUUAAAAAUAAAAAGUUCAGUUCAUAGGUUUAAAGAAGCAAUCCUAAUGAUGUGGAAUAAGAUUUUUAAGUGGAGCACCACAGGUGAGAGAGAGAGUGAAGCUUCCAUGUCGAAAUACUAACCAAAUGGCUCAUUAGGUGUGCCCUUCAGGUUCUAACUAGUAAUACAAGCAGAGAAAAACUAGUCUUAGAAAAAAAUGAGGGUUUUUUGAUGAAAAUGCAGAAAUUUUGUUCUGGGGAUUGAAACUAUCAACAUAAAAGUAAUCAUCACAAAGGAAAUGGUGUUAUUUUAAGAUAAUUAAAAGCAAUUAUUACUAUGUUUACAUUUAAAAGAGCCACAAUAGAAAAGAGAACAUGGAUAGUACACAGAAGAAAUAAAUGGCAGUUUCUAAAGUUUCAACCUCUAAUAAUCAAAGAAGUGUAAAUUAACACUUUUAACUAAUUGUUGCAUCUUAAAUAGCAGAAAGGCAAUUUAAUGUGGAAAAUUAAAACACUCCUGUGUACAUCUUGUGAUUUGGCAAUAUAUAUCAAGGACCCUAAAUGUUAAUAAAUUUUUCAUUUUAAUAAAAUGAGAAGAUACUCAACUUACGGUGCAGAGUUCAAAAAGUGCAACAGUGCCUGUCCUCUUCUCUCCCAUUCCCACCCCUGUUUUCCUGGAUCCCUGGAGAUCCAACCUUCCCCCAUACAUAAACCCCAAAUGUGAAAGGAAGCCUUUAUAUCCAAAUGUACUCUCGUGAGGCUCAUCCCCAUUCCAAAGUCGAGAAGAAAUUUAAAGUUGAGGAAGCUGUUGUGCUUUUUAGCAUGUAUAUGUUGUAUUUGGAAACCACAUCAAGCAUUCCCCUAAUUCAAUUGUGUAGGAUCAUAAAUUUCAGUUUUACCUUGGUGAACUAGGGUCACCAGCUCCACAUAACAGGAAUAUUAAUUUGAAAUGCCAAGUUGAGACACAGCCUUACAGAAAUGCCACCUAUAAUUGUCUCAAUGCCCACAGACCAGAAUGCCACAUAAAUUUUGUGUCAGUUUAUUUUAGCCAGACAGAAAAUGGCAGAAAAUUUUCUCACAUGGCAAUAUGUCUGAAAACUAACUACCCCCCCCAAAAAAAAUCAUUUUAGAUCAUUGAUAAAAUUUACAGCUUGCUUACAAAAGAAAAAGGAUGACAGGUAUUAAGUAUGCAGUUUACUUCCAUAAUCCUAAUGUCUGAAAUAGCUGGAUAUUUUCUUCUGAGCUAAGUAGAAAUAUUAAGGAUGCUUUAUCAUUAAGCUCCCCUCUUCCCCCACAGUUACAGAUUUUAUUAUUCACAGGUCCACAGAUGUCAGGUCAGAGAUAGUUAUUUCACUAAAUUCCAAAAUAAUCACCCCAGGGCCUUUAAAAAGGGGGUAGAGGAGUUCUUAAAAUUACCAAAAUAUCCGUUCUCCAUGGAAAUGUAUCUUUGUAGAACCAGAAAUUGCUAGUUUUCUAAAACAGACUUUUAAGAUGAUCUGCAGUGACGUGUUUAGUUUUGUUUUUUUUUUUUUAAAGAAGCUUUAUAACUCAGUGGUAGGCACUUUAUGACAUGACAGUUCUCUUCAAUAAUCCAGUUUACAGUUUGAGGAAAUACAACAUAUACAAUGCAAUAAUAAAGACAGUCAUAGAUGGCUUGACAAAAGUUUACACCUGAGUCUUAAGUGUACAUAAGAAAACUACUCAAAGGCUUAAGGCGAGCAUACACAAAGCUCUGAGUAGCCACAGAAUUGUGUCACAGAAGGCAGAUGGACAAUGACUGCCACUCCCAGCUUAGUAGUUGGGCAUCUCUUCAGAAAGCAAGAAUGAUUUAUUGAAUGAUUUUAAGAAAGGGGAUUGUGGUCAGACUUAGAUUUUUUUAAAACUUCUAGUGGCAGGUGGGAGGAAAAUUACAGGACUAAAACUGGAAGCUGAGGAAUAAUUUCUGGGGGAGAACAAUUAUCCAGAAUAGAAGUGAAUAUGCAGUUAUAUUAGAUAAUCUGGUGACUUUCAUGAAGUUUUUCAGGUUUUUCUGUACCAUUUUUUUCCUCCACAAUGAAUAUUCUAUCCCCAACAUCUUUCUUGCUCCAAAUCUUUAAUUUUCUUCUAACAGCUAUAUCUCUCUGAAAUCAAAGUCUGUUUUCUACUAAAGGAAUUUCAAGAAUUAGCAAAAGGAUGAGGGUAGGAGGAAUAGAGGAACGUGACUGUCACUCCAUGUCUCUGUGUAAAUUCAGCUCUGAAAAACUAAAAGUCCUUAUAUGGUGAGUAGGACUAGCAUGACCCAGGAGCUUGAAUUCAAUGCCUAUCCCUUGUUUCUCAAAAAAGACAAUAUGGAUUCUGUCCCUGUCACAGAUACUGACAGCACAAGUCACAGUAGGUUUUGCUAGGCUUCUGCCUUUCAUUCUUUGACACAGGUUGAUUCAGAAGCUGUUUUCCAUAUAAAUCUGUCUAAGCAAAACAGGACUUUUCACCCAUCUCUCCCACCACAAGCCAAGUAAUCUGUGUUUCCACCCCAGUCCAUGAUUCUACUUUGCUGGUAAUCCAUGUUUCUAUUUUCUAGCAAUACUAAUAGUUUAUUGUUUAGUAGUGUGUAUUGGUGCCCUAUUUUCUUCUUUUUUGGAUGUUCCAAAGUGCAUCCUUGUUUCAUGUAUUUCUAUAAUAGGUCUGUUCUAUAGCAAGACCUGUCUUUGAAUGCACAUACUUCUUCUGUUAGUGGUACAAUUGGUGUUCACUGUUAAAAAAUGCUUAAGUGAGAUGCUAUACACAGCAAAUUAAAGGUCAUAGAUAACCUCUUUAUAAUAGAAGUAUCAUGAAUAAAGUAAAGACAGCAAUGUUCAGGAUUUGGCAUGGGGAAGUAUGAAGCUGGUAUUUUGCACAAUCCUCUUGAUUGUAGAACUUAACAUACCUAGAUGAUACAGCUUUAUUUUUCCUUCUCAUCAGAGAAAAUGAUGGAUUAGGGAAUUCGGUGUCUGCUCUCAUAGGUUAGUAUAAAGAGACCGUCUAAGUUUAUGAACUAAGUAAGACAUUGCCCAGAGAAGCCAAAGUUCCCUUUGAAAGAGGGUAGGAAAAAAUAUGCUAAUGUAGGUCAUAAAAUAACCAAUAUUUUUUAAACGAGGUAAAUGCCACAGUCCAAUGCUUACAUUUGAAAAAUUGAGUGCAGCUUUUCACUUUGCUUGUUUGCAUGCCUAAUACACUACUCUACAUAACAAUUUUACAGCAUCCUUGCCCACUGCAAUCCGAAAUGUUUUCCAAGUCACAGUUCUGCUGUCACUUCACAGGCAAGCAGUGUAUCCUAAGAUAGAUCAUUCCCAAGGAAGUCCAUGGACAGGGAGGGAACAUUUACCCCAGACUUGAACGUGAAAUAACAUCAGAGCAUUGUCCAGUUCUAGUGUCGCUAUGUAUAUAUUUUAAUCAGGUGACAGAUGGAUAAAAAUAAAGUAUGUAAAGCUUUGUAAAACCCCUAAAGCGAAGGUUUUAUUUUGAGAAAUUUUGGAUUUUAUUUUUUAUUUUAUGAAAAUAUUACAAUUCAAUUCUAUUUCACUUUUGGUGCUGUACCCUGUACUAGAUAUUUGGGGAUAGGAAAAUGAAUGGGACAUGAUUUUUAUGCUCUAGGAUCUUAUAGUUCAGUGUAAAAAUAAAGUCUUAAGUGCCAUAUUGUUUAUUCAAAGUACAUGUCAUAGUUUGUGGACCUGAUAACAUUUGUUGAAUAAAAAAUUCAUGUAAAACAACACUAAUAUUGCCAUGCUAUAUGAAGUCCUUAGACAUUUCCAGGAAACAACUUUAAAUCGCCAACAAGCAUUAACAUCGUCAACUAAUAGUUCUAGAAGGAGGGGAACUGAUAAAAACCCUCCCUUCUCUACGUUGGAACUGUGAGAUGUCCCCUAAAAAAGAGUUCAUCUGAGAGAGAUUUAUGCAUAUCUUUACUGUUCUGUGUUUGUAUAUAUAAUGGAGUGGAUUUAAAACAAGCUUAACUAGAAUAGGAUAUGUGUGUCGUAAAUUAUAUCAUCUAUUGUCUUAUUAGCAAUACGCUGAUUAUCUUGGCUGACAACAUCAGCUACCAUUAAGUGAACUAAGUUAAGAAUAACUCAGGUGACUUAUGCCAAAAAUAAAUCUGUGAUAAAACUGAGAAUCUAGAAACAAACACAAAUACAUAUUGAGCAAAUUAUAAAAGUGGCAUUUCAAAUCAGUAAGGGAAGAAUGGAUUAUUUGACAAAUAGUAUUUGGGACAGCAUAACCACAAAGGGAAAAAAAAAAUAAUUUUGUUCUCUAACUCACAAAAAAAUUAAUUCUGGCUAGACUAGAACUGAAUGUUAUACUUUUGAGUCAUAUAUUCCUUUUAGAAAUUGAGAAAUUUUCCACCCUCUCCUGUGAAAAUGUUCAUAAGCAAAAUGUUUCACAAAGAGAUUAUGGAGAGAUAUUCAACCUCAGCACAAUGAGGGAAAUGUGCAUUAAAAUGUAAGAAAUCUCAGAUUCAAUUGGCAAAUGUUUAAAAUAUAUAUAAACCAAGAGCUGGUAAGGAAAUCCCAUGUUGCUGGUGAGUGUAUAAACUGGCCAUUUUAAGACUUAAAAUUCUCAUGUCCUGUGACCUAACAAUUUCAACUUUUAAUGAAAUACACUCUACAUACUUGUGUUCACCAGGCAGCUUGUACAAUGAUGUCAAUUGUACCUUUGUAAGAGUAUAAAAUUGGAAAAACAAAACCACCAAGAAGAUGGAGCAUGGUACAUAUUACGAAGUGCCUGGCAUCACUAAAAAAGAAUGAGAAUCCUACAUAUACUGACAUGAAAAGAUAUUUAAAAUCUUAAGUUUUUUAAAAGUUUGGGAAAAAGUUGAAUGACAAUACAUGUAAUGCAUAUGCCACUGAUGUUAAAAGACGUAUCACACACAUUCACACACAAACACUAUAUAGUACACUUUUUAAGUACCUGUUGGUGUAUAAUAAAAAUGUAGAGGGAGGGUCUGGAAGGAUACUAACCAAACUGUAAACUGUAGCUUGAAAGAGUGCAUUAGCUUUAACUGUAAUGUUUGAUGUUUCUGAGUAUGCAUUCAUGUAUUGUUUAUGUAAUGACAAAUUAAUAAAUAGAAAUAAAAUAAAAUAGGUGUCUGUCUGCUAAUGUUUCUUCUGGUGCUCUGGAUCUCAUGGUCUUCUGCUUUCUCCCCUCCCCUGCUUGUUUUUCUCUUUCUCCCCUAUCUCUUCUACUUUGCGCUCUCCUCUGGCAUCAUCACUUCACUAUUUGUAUAGACUCAAUCAAUAAAUGAUCAAUAAAUAAGAAAGAAUCCUGUUAGAUCAGUUUAGCAAGAAUCUCUCUACCCUUGGUAUCUCCCCUUAAUAAUUUUCCAUCCACCAAUCCUUCCCUCAACUUGCUCCUUGACUACAAAUUCCCACUUUUCCUUCCUGUAUUUAUAAUAGAGCCAGUUCUUUGCUGAAGUCUAUUUUGCCCUAUUGCUA